AUGGCUUCCUAUGUGUUUCUUAUGCAGUUUUGGAACGAAACAAAGUCGUUGACGGAGGCGGACCUCCACCGGAUGGUUCAGAUCUCGGAGAUAGGGGGCGCACUGACCAUCAUUGCCUGUGUCAUGAGCUUCAGCCUUCUCUGUCUAUUGCCUAUCAGGAGUGACGGCCUGUUCAUCACGGGUAACCAGUGUCUCGUGCUUAUGGCAGCGCAGCUCUCCUUCAUCGGCUCCGAGAACACCGGAUAUCCCAAUCCGGUAAUGUGUGAUAUCGCGGCGGGGCUUAUCCAGUACUUCUUCCUGUGUCUACACUUCUCAUCCUUGGCCUUCGCCGUCCACCUGGGAUCAAAGUUCGGGCCGAUGUCGCUGACGGCGUUUCGACGUCGCGGUUUCUACCUGACGUGUAUAUGGCUUCUCCCAUUUAUUGUUGUCAUGGUUACCGCCAUCCCUCGCCAGAACUUCGUUGGACCCGGAACCAGAUGCUGGCUGUCGUAUGAGAACAACAAAAGGCUGUUUUUCCUGGUUCCGUUGGGGCUGCUUAUCCUGGCCAACAUCUGCAUGUACGUGCUGAUCAUACGCUAUACGGCGUAUGCUGGGCAAAAGAAGGCUUUAAAGAAAAAGACGAUUGUUCGGCACAUGGUACAGACGUCCCUAUCACUAAUCCCUGCCCUGGGGCUGCACUGGGCACUGGGCUUCUCCAUCACCUUUGACGGGCCCGUGUUUCUACAGUACCUGUUUGUCGUCCUCGCAAGCGCACACGGCAUGCUUCUUCUUAUUUUCCACGUGUUGACGAGCGGGCAAGUGCAGAAGUCACUCUGUGAAAAAAUAGCGGUUAACGUAAGUGAUGCAAGUUCUGCUUUCGUCACAGAACCGGUCACGGUCGAUUCGAACCUAGAAAUGCCCAUGGAGGUGAAGCAGGAGUAG